AUUGGGGAUUGGCAAAUCCAAACCGGUGUGAGUGGGAGGGGGAGCUAACCGCUGAGCUAAUAAAGAAAGCCUACGGAGAGAAAGACGGGCUGAGAGAGAGCGGAAAUCGGAGGUUUUACUGAACAUUUCGGAUUUUAAAAGACCUAAAACUCGUCUGUGAUUUUAUCCACUCUGGUGAAAACAUGGCGUGCGGUGCGACGUUAAAACGCUCCAUGGAGUUCGAGGCCCUUUUGGGCCCUCAGUCCCCGAAGCGCCGGAGGUGCAGCCCGCUAGCAGGAGCCGCCGCUACUCCUUCCCCGCAGAGGUGCAGCCUGAGACCGCAGACGGACAGUCCUGUGAACCCGGUGUCCCCUCAGCCCAUGAGCGGAGAACACAGGCUAACUCCAGAGCAGAUCUUCCAGAACAUUCGGCAGGAGUACAGUCGUUACCAACGGCGACGGCAGCUGGAGGGAGCGUUUAACCAGACGGAGACGGGCGGAGCAGCUGAGAGUUCCAACCCCAGCUCACCGUCAGGUGCAUCAUCACUGAAGAAGGACCAGCCCACGUUCACCCUGCGGCAGGUGAGCUACCUGUGCGAGCGUCUCCUCAAAGACCACGAAGAGAAAAUCCGUGAGGAGUACGAGCAGAUCCUCAACACCAAGCUGGCAGAACAAUACGAGUCGUUUGUGAAAUUCACACAGGAUCAGAUCAUGAGGCGGUACGGAGCUCGACCUGCCAGCUACGUAUCUUGAAGUUGUCAGACGCACGACUACAGGCCAACAGCGUGGUUGCUGCAGUAUCAUCUCUCUCUCUCACUCUCUCUCUCUCUCUCUCUCUCUCGUAUCCCUCGUUCAUUUUAAACACUGCUCGGGUGCUGUGGGUUUUUUCUCCACAUUAACCCUCUCUGUCGUUUCUCUUCCCGAAGCCCGGCUCCUGAGCAGUCACGAACAAACGCUGUUCUGAUAAACUCGCUCUCUUCCCUCUUUUUAAAAUAAAGACAAAAGUGAAAGUGUGAAUGUUUCUGACCCUGCCGCUCCUCUAACACACUCAACUCUUCUACUUCCUGUUUCAAACUCGAGGGAUGUGGAUAUUUCAUUUUCCUUACUCUUCUUCUUUUCUUUUUUCUUUUUUUUUUUUUUUUGGUUGAAAAGAAUAAAGGUUCGGUGGUCUUCUCGUA